AUGCCCAUCGACGCACAGGCAUACCCGCACAUCUUUGAGCAGAUCGUCGGAAGCACGAUAAGCGUCAAAGCGCUGAUCGUCUUGCGGGGCGUGAGCCGGCGCGCGAAGGCGCUGGCUGACGGCAUCCUGCUGCACCAUGCCGAGGUGCACGAUGUCGACGGCAAGCUGCGGCUGCUGCCUGCCCCCGGCUCUGGGCUCGCCCACGACGCGCCGCUGCCGUUCGCGCCGGGCCAAGUUCGCGUCGCCACGCUGCUCCCCCACGAACACCCACUCGCGAUCCGGCCCCACGCAGCCGAGUUCACCUCCCUUCACACGAUCCGCCGGCAGGUCGACUGCUACUGCGAAUCCCUCGCGGACGCGGCAGUCGCCGACCCCCACCUCACGGCGCACACGGUGGUAGACUACUAUGUCAACGACCCGUACGACCACAGCGCGGACGACGAAGUGGCCAUGCUCGUGCCACCUGGCACACGGCGUUACGUCCUCCACGUCCAUCUCGGGUCGUCGACCUGGGCCAAGGGCUUCCUCUUCCCGGACCCGGACAUCAUCGUGUCCACCCCGCUCGACCUGCGCGAGGUUGUCAUCGUGUACUCGAGCACCCCGGCCGAGUGGUACCAGGCCCCGACGCCUCCACCCGGCUAUAUCGGCUUCGUGUCCGAGCUGGUCAACUACUUCUGGGACUCGCUGGUCAUGGCGGACGCCAGCAUGACCAUCGUGGACGUGGGGCACGUCGUGCCGAACCACGCCGAGCGGGACCUGCACGCUGGCAUCGAUGUGCGGGGCAGGUGGUUCCGCGGCUUCCUCCAGACCGACAGGGAGGACUUUGAGCCCAGCCUGCACCGCAUCGCGUGCCUCGAGGACAGCGCCGUGAGCGAUGCGAUCAGCCGGAUCCGCUUCGUCGAGCGCGAUGCCUGGCUCGCCGAGCUGGGCGACCGCGCCGAGAGCGAGGGCUCGCGCGCCCCGUUCCCCGACUACAGUAGCCCGUGCCGCUGUAGCCGCGACCCGAGGAUGUACGGCGUCGUGCCCGAUCCAGUUCUGACCGAUGACUUUGACGCGCUCGACCUCGACUCUGACGCCGAUCAACCCCUCGACCUCAACUACGACCUCCCGAACGGCGUCGACCCGGCCCGACGACCAGGUCUCGACCCAGCAAUGCACCCGCACAUCGCCGAGAUGAUCACGUACCAGCUCGACAGCGUGUCCGACCUCGUCGCCCUCCGCUCGAGCUGCCGCGGGUUCCGUACAUUCGCGACCGACGUGCUGAUGCACCGCGUCGAAGUGCACUCGCCGUACUUUUCCACGCCGGGCACGCUCCGCAUCGUCCCGUCACGCACUUCGGGUCUCGUGCACGACCGGCCGCUGCCGGACGUCCUGUCCGCCGUGCGCGUGGUCACGCUGGGCGAUCUCUACUCUUAUCAGGAGAUGGAGGGCCUCGCCCGGCGCAUGACGAGUGUACACACGGCGUGUUUCGACGCUUCCGAGUUCAUGUACGGCCCUCUGCAAGCCGGCGGCCCGUGGCCACGCUUUCCUGCGCUGCAUACUGCCGUGGGUCAUUAUGCUGCCGAUCCGUACGACUUCAGCCCCCGCGACGAGGCGCGUAUCCUCAUCCCGGCGGGUACGAAGCGCUUCGUGCUGUGGUUUGACCUCGACGAGUCGUCCUGGCGGCAGGGCUGUCUCUUCCCCCAGCCCGACGUAAACACCCACGCAGCGAAGCAUCUCACCGAGUUUGUCCUCGUCGUGCGCGGCACAACUGGCGUGUAUGCCGACAUGGUCGAGGGCUGGGAGUUUGACGCGCUCAUUGAGGACCUUGCGGCCCUCGUGUGGGCGAUCACGGGCGAUUGGGCCACCUGUACCAUCGUGGACAACUUGCCCGGCGCGCGCGAGCGGGGAUGUCUGGCGGCGCCGUUCGCCGAGCAUGCCUGGGCGUUGAUGAUGACGUCCAGCACCUGA